AUUGUCCACUUUGCAGAACACGAGUUGAUGAAAAAAAUACUUCUCGGCCGCGGCCAGCCAUGAGCUGUUUGGAUGUUAUGUACCAAGUCUACGGUCCUCCCCAGCCCUACUUCGCAGCAGCCUACAGCCCCUAUCACCAGAAACUCGCCUUUUACUCCAAAAUGCAAGAAGCCCCGGAGAGCGGCAGCAGCGCCAGCGCCAGCAGCUCCUUCUCCAGCCACCCCGCGGCCAGCAUCAAGGAGGAGGACUGCAGCCCCGAGAAGGAGCGACCCCCCGAGGCCGAGUACAUCAGCUCCCGCUGUGUCCUCUUCACCUACUUCCAGGGGGACAUCAGCGCCGUGGUGGACGAGCACUUCAGCCGGGCGCUCAGCCAGCCCAGCAGCUUCUCCCUCGGCAGCUCGAAGGCGACGCGGAACGCCGGCUCCUGGCGGGAUGGCUCCUUCCCAAUGAGCCAGCGCAUCUUCCCGCCGUCCUUCUGGAACAGCACGUACCAGCCCUCCUCAGUCCCAGCCAGCUUGAGCAGCCCCCUGGCAGCUGCUGCCCACAGUGAGCUGCCCUUCGCCACCACCACCGACCCCUACGCACCCGCCUCCCUGCAUGGUCACCUGCACCAGGGUGGCCCUGAGCCCUGGCACCAUGCCCACCACCACCACCACCACCACCACCACCCCUACAUUGGGACACAGAGCACUGCCUACCCUCGCCCCACCACCAUGCACGAAGUCUACGGGCCCCACUUCGACCCCCGCUACGGCUCCCUUCUGGUGCCCACUGCCUCCGUCCGCCCCCACCGCCUCACCCCCGCCUCCGUGUCCACUCCAGUCAGUCCCCCUUGUGAACUGGGCAAGAACGAAGCGGGCACUGCUGCAGCCUGGACGACACCGGGCCCUUUCCCCAGCGCAGCAGGAGACAUGGCGCAGAGCAUCAGCCUCAAUGUUGACACAGGUAACGAGCUGCCCUUGGCGCCUACAAGUUCCCUGAGUCAGCCUUCUCUCCGUUCUCAGGUUUGCAGACUCAGGAUAAAAGCAAGGAUCUGUACUGGUUUUAGAGCUGUCCUUCACUCUUCUUCCCCUGGCUAUCCCCUGUAGCUCUCUGCCUGUUAGGCAUGGUGGCAUUCAGAGCUGAAAUCGGGUCAGUUUGUAACAGCUUCUGAUCUUGGUUUGCAGCUCGCCGUUACUCCUUCUGUGGUGGAUCCCUUCUGAGCUGAUGUGCUGACUCAAAGACUCUCAGAUUCCCCCCUGCCCUUUUCCAAGCCCAACGUGGCCCCGCAGUUCUGGUAAAGACAACAGGAUUUAAAAGGACCUGGCAUUGCAAGGGCGAUACUUUAGAUUUGUUUCAGAAAGGAAAAUCCUUCUGGCGCAAGAGGAGAGCCAAAGACAUUGAACUUCCAUUUAAGCAGAUCCCACACCGAGACCUGAAUUCAGACUACUCUAAAAGAGUCAAAUGACAUCAUGGAUGGUGAUGCAAAAUGACUGGCCUUCAUACAAGGAGCAGAGAAAAUUGUGGGAGUUCUUUUUUAGUGGUGUGAAUAUUUUUUUAUGGCAGUGAAAGUUAUUUCUUGAAUGUAAACAUGGGAAAGCUACUUAGCAGCUUUGAACUGGAUUUUUACUUUCCUUUAUAGAAAAGUAAAAGGAGAAGAAACUGGAAUUCACAAACAUUUUCAGACUGUCAAGGAACUCGUCAGAUUUUUCAGCUUUGUGGUUGUGAGUGGCAAGUGUCUGGCUGGGGCCACCUGCCCUGGGCUUAUAGAUAUGCAGCUGUUCUGCUCACAACUGCUCAAAUCCCAGAAAGAUGAAAACCAAGGUGGCACUUCUUAGAGUUUGGCACAACAUUUGCAUUGGAUGUAUAACAGUUGUUUGGCUGGGGGAGUGGGGUGGUGUUUGGUUUUUUUGUUGGUUUUUGUUUUUUGGUUUUUGUUGGGUUUUUUUUGUGUGUGUGUUCUGUUUUUGUUUUUUUUUUUUUACAAUAAACAUUUUCUGGUGAAAGUAAAACCCCCUUAAAGCAGGGGGAGAAUGGAGUCUGGAGAAGAAUGGCUCAUCUUCAAUCCAACAACCUUUAAAGGGAAUACCAGAAUGAAAAGCAUGUGAUGGACAAUAGGUCCGAGUUGCUUCUAACACUUCUCUUUGUCCACUUGUUGCUGUCAUUUUGUCACUUUAGUAGCUGUUUUGGUUUUUUUUAAAGAGGGAAUAAGAUAGCUAUUUAACAGUAGGAAAGCUAUAUUAAAGGUAUCUCCUUCUUUCACCCUGUGUACUUUUAUGCAGAAUUAAGCUAAAUAAGAGAAAUGAGACAAACUGGAAACUUCAGGAUGAAAAAGAAAAAGGAUUUCUCAAAUGGAUGAAGUGAGUUAUUUUAUUAUUUUGUGCUAAAGAUAAAUAGAAAUCCUAACAGUUGAAAAUAUUUUCUUAGUGAGUAAAAUAUACAUCGAUAAAUACAAAAUACAAAAAAUGCGAGACUAUUGCAGUGCUACAUUUUAGUGUGUGGUGUAUCUAUAAGAUCUGUAAGAGGCUUUCCAUAGUAGCAGAUAUUUUUCCAUGAAGCUGCUAGAAGAGGGGACUAUAGCAUUUAGUGUUGCUAUUGCACUGGUAAAUUAAAAUGUUAUUAUCGAGUGAUGAAUAAUUAAUGAAACAGGACAGAAAUAGAGAUUAUCCUAUACUUAAAAGCUGACUUUUUUACAGGCAAAACAUUUGAUUUGAACAC